CCCAUGACUCCACUUACCCCAGCUUCGUCUCCCAUCUCCCCACACAGCCACCCUCUCCGUCGCGUCUCGCCGGAACCGAUCACGCCGCCGCCGCCGCCGCCGCCGCCGCUGGCACUGCGGAUCAGCUCCUCCGCCCUCCUCCCGAAGAGCUCGCCAUCUCCGUCUGCCGGAGCCGACGACGGUGGCUCCGUGAGGCCGGCCUCCUUCGUCGAUCUGAGGCCGCGCGCACCAGCCGGGCUCCGCCUCCGCGGCUUCGUCCGGGCGGGCGGCAACAGCAACUCCACGAACUGCAACGGCGGCGGCGGCGGCGGCGGCCAGAAGAAAGGAUCGGUGCCGAGCUCCAACUACGUGGUGCCGCUGGACAAGUCGGUGUCGGCGUCCUACUCCUCGUGCAUAACCCGCCCCCUCGCCGAGAUCCUCCGGGACCUCAACAAGAAGAUCCCCGACAACAUCAUCAAGUCGCUCCCGAAUGCUCCCGACGCCGAUCCCGAUCACGACGCCGAUCAGGCCUCCAAUCACAUUCCCUGGUUCCAUGCGAACCGGAUGUUGAGCUUCUACGCCCCCGGUUGGUGUGGAGAAAUACGCGACGUUAUAUUCUCAGACAAUGGAAGUGUAACCGUGGUGUAUCGGGUCACAGUACGAGGAUCGGAUGGAGAGGCGCACCGGGAGGCAACUGGGACAGUAUCACCUGCCGCUGGUCACGAUGCAGAUCCAGUUGCUGUGGCAGAGGAAAUGGCUUUCUGCAAAGCAUGUGCUCGAUUUGGUCUUGGUUUGUAUUUAUACCAUGAAGUAUAGACGUUAGAGAUCAUACAUGGAUCUACUCUGCUCACUCAACCGAGAAGAAGGGAGGUGCCAACGGAAAUAAACAAGUGAUGUCACUUCGUAUAGGCAUAUGAACGUAGCUUUGGAUUGUUGCGAUAUACCAAGUCGAAUAUUUUUUUGUUGAUUAUAAUUUAUGUUGUUUCAUUUCACAAAGAUGAGCAUAUGCAGUUUAAGGGGACAUUUAGAACUGCUAAAAACUUCAAGGAAGGAUUGGGAAGGUCUUGUUCUGACCAACAUUGACUUUA